AUGGAGACCGGCGUCGGCCCACAUCCGCUGCGCCUGUUCAUCUGCCUGAUGCCGCUCUGUCUCGCCUUGCUUUUGGGACCAGGGAGGCCCGGGACCGCCGAGGAAGUCAUCCUCCUGGAUUCCAAAGCCUCCCAGGCUGAGCUGGGCUGGACUGCACUGCCGAGUAAUGGGUGGGAGGAGAUCAGCGGCGUGGACGAGCACGACCGUCCCAUCCGCACCUACCAGGUGUGCAACGUGCUGGAGCCCAACCAGGACAACUGGUUGCAGACUGGCUGGAUCAGCCGCGGGCGCGGGCAGCGCAUCUUCGUGGAGCUGCAGUUCACACUGCGCGACUGCAGCAGCAUCCCUGGAGCCGCCGGCACCUGCAAGGAGACUUUCAACGUCUACUAUCUGGAAACCGAGGCCGAUCUGGGCCGUGGGCAUCCCCGUCCACGCGGCAGCCGGCCCCGCAAGAUUGACACGAUCGCGGCGGACGAGAGCUUCACGCAGGGCGACCUGGGCGAGCGUAAGAUGAAGCUGAACACAGAGGUGCGAGAGAUCGGUCCGCUCAGCCGGCGGGGUUUCCACCUGGCCUUCCAGGACGUGGGCGCAUGCGUGGCGCUGGUCUCUGUGCGCGUCUACUACAAGCAGUGCCGGGCUACAGUGCGGGGUCUGGCGGCGUUCCCAGCCACCGCAGCCGAGAGCGCCUUCUCCACGCUGGUGGAGGUGACCGGAACGUGCGUGGCGCACUCAGAAGGGGAGCCCGGCAGCCCCCCGCGCAUGCACUGCGGCGCCGAUGGUGAGUGGCUGGUGCCCGUGGGCCGCUGCAGCUGCAGUGCGGGAUUCCAGGAACGUGGUGACAUCUGUGAAGCCUGUCCCCCAGGGUUUUACAAGGUGUCCCCGCGGCGGCCCCUCUGCUCGCCGUGCCCGGAGCACAGCCGGGCCCUGGAAAACGCGUCCACGUUCUGCGUGUGCCAGGACAGCUACGCGCGCUCGCCCAGCGACCCGCCCUCGGCGUCCUGCACCCGGCCGCCGUCGGCGCCGCGGGACUUGCAGUACAGCUUGAGCCGCUCGCCGCUGGCGCUGCGGCUGCGCUGGCUGCCUCCGGCCGACUCCGGCGGCCGCUCGGACGUCACCUACUCGCUGCUGUGCCUGCGCUGCGGCCGCGAGGGCCCGGCGGGCGCGUGCGAGCCGUGCGGGCCGCGCGUGGCCUUCGUGCCGCGCCAGGCGGGGCUGCGGGAGCGCGCCGCCACACUGCUGCACCUGCGGCCCGGAGCGCGCUACACCGUGCGCGUAGCCGCGCUCAACGGAGUGUCGGGCCCGGAGGCCGCCGCGGGAGCCACCUACGCGCAGGUCACCGUCUCCACCGGCGCCGGGGCACCAUGGGAGGAGGAUGAGAUCCGCAGGGACCGAGUGGAGCCCCAGAGUGUGUCCCUGUCAUGGCGGGAGCCCAUCCCCGCUGGAGCCCCUGGGGCCAACGGCACGGAGUAUGAGAUCAGAUACUAUGAGAAGGGUCAGAGUGAGCAGACUUACUCCACGGUGAAGACAGGGGAGCCUGCGGUCACCGUCACCAACCUCAAGCCGGCUACCCGCUACGUCUUUCAGAUCCGGGCGGCUUCCCCAGGGCCCUCCUGGGAGACCCAGAGCUUCAACCCCAGCAUUGAAGUGCAGACCCCGGGGGAGGCUGCCUCGGGGUCGAAGGACCAGAGCCCCGCAGUCGUCGUCACCAUUGUGACCAUCUCAGCCCUCCUCGUCCUGGGCUCUGUGAUGAGCGUGCUGGCCAUUUGGAGGAGGACCUGCAGCUAUGGCAAAGGAGGUCGGGAUGCCCAUGAUGAGGAGGAGCUGUAUUUCCACUUCAAAGUCCCAACUCGCCGCACAUUCGUGGAUCCUCAGAGCUGUGGGGACCCGCUGCUGGCCGUUCAUCUGUUUGCCAAGGAGCUGGAUGCGAAAAGCGUCACGCUGGAGAGGAGCCUUGGAACAGGGCGGUUUGGGGAGCUGUGCUUCGGCUGCCUGCAGCUUCCGGGCCGCCAGGAGCUCCCCGUGGCCGUGCACACGCUGAGGGAGGGCAGCUCCGACUUGCAGAGGCUCAACUUCCUGGCCGAGGCCCUCACCUUGGGCCAGUUCGACCACAGCCACGUGGUGCGGCUGGAGGGCGUCGUCACCCGAGGAAGCACCUUGAUGAUCGUCACUGAGUACAUGAGCCAUGGGGCCCUGGACGGCUUCCUCAGGCGGCAUGAGGGCCAGCUGGUGGCUGUGCAACUGAUGGGGCUGCUGCCUGGCCUGGCGUCGGCCAUGAAGUAUCUGUCGGAGAUGGGCUACGUCCACCGGGGCCUGGCGGCCCGCCGGGUGCUGGUCAGCAGCGACCUCAUCUGCAAGAUCUCUGGCUUUGGGCGGGGACCUCGGGACCGAGCAGAGGCUGUCUACACCACCAUGAGCGGCCGGAGCCCGGCACUGUGGGCCGCCCCCGAGACGCUUCAGUUUGGCCACUUCAGCUCCGCCAGUGAUGUUUGGAGCUUCGGUGUCGUCAUGUGGGAGGUGAUGGCCUUUGGGGAGCGGCCCUACUGGGACAUGUCUGGCCAAGACGUGAUCAAAGCCGUGGAGGAUGGCUUCCGGCUGCCACCCCCCAGGCACUGCCCCUCCCCCCUGCACCGACUGAUGCUUGACUGCUGGCAGAAGGACCCAGGUGAGCGGCCCAGGUUCUGCCAGAUCCAUGGCCUCCUGAGCAAGAUGGUGCAGGAUCCAGAACCCCCGAAGUGUGCCGACACUACCUGUGCCAGGCCUCCCACGCCCCUGGAGGACCGUGCCUUCUCCACCUUCCCCUCCUUUGGCUCUGUGGGCGCGUGGCUGGAGGCCCUGGACCUGGGCCGCUACAAGGACAGCUUCGCUGCCGCCGGCUAUGGGAGCCUGGGGGCUGUGGCCGCCAUGACUGCCCAGGACCUGGUGAGCCUGGGCAUCUCAUCGGUGGAACACCGGGAGGACCUCCUCAGCGGGAUCAGUGCCCUGCGGGCCCGGGUGCUCCAGCUGCAGGGCCAGGGGGUGCAGGUGUGA